AUGGGCGACAUUUCAAAGCCACUGGAUUCUCCAUCCGACAUGGAAGUGAUUGACCUGUCCACGGGAUGGUCGUUCAAGCAGACUGAUGAUAUCGAAGAAAAAGCUUGGAAUCCAGUCAAGAAAAUCCCAUCCACCGUCCACCAGGACCUUAUCAACUGUGGCAGGCUGAAAGACCCCUUCAUCGGUUUCAAUGAGACCAGAGCCGAGUGGGUAGGGUUGAAAUCAUGGACGUAUCGCACUACCUUCGCAAGCCCAGGCGUGUCGCCGGAGACGAAAGUUGUUCUGGCCUUCGAUGGUCUCGACACUUUUGCUCACGUCAGGCUCAAUGGAAAACUCAUUCUAGAAAGUGAUAACAUGUUCUUGUCACAUCGUAUCGACGUGACCGAAGCUAUUCGAGCAAGAUCCAACAACAUUCUAGAAAUCGAGUUCGACUCCGCCUUUCUCAAAGCCAGAGAAAUCCGAGCCCAGCAUCCUAAGCACAAAUUCCUGUGCUUCAAUGACCCACCUGAUCGCUUAGCGGUGCGAAAAGCUCAAUGUCACUGGGGCUGGGAUUGGGGCCCGAUCUUGAUGUGUGCCGGAAUCUGGAGGCCGGCACGUCUUGAGAUGUACCAUGCGAGAGUGUCAGACCUUAGACUCGACGUCGGCGUCUCGGACGACUACCACUUUGCGACUAUUGAUGCAACAGCAGAAAUCGAAAGUAAUUCCCGCACAGUUCCUCAAUUGCACGCUCAAUUUCACGUAAUGCUUGACGGUAAGUUGGUAUCGGCUACCAACUGUGUGGCGGACAAAGAUGGAAAGGCUUCAAUCAAACUUCCCAUUUUGCGCCCGGAGCUGUGGAUGCCAAACGGCUAUGGAAAGCAAUCACUGUAUACGGUGAGUGUUACGAUCGCCAGUGAUAAUAUCCCACUUCAUACGACAUCUCGAAGAGUCGGUCUACGGAAGAUCGAACUUGUACAGGACGAUGAUGCUCACGGAAAAUCGUUCUACUUCAGAGUCAACGGUGUAGAUAUCUUUUGCGGUGGCUCCUGUUGGAUCCCGGCUGAUAGUUUUCUCACCAACGUAACCCCUGAGAGAUACAGGGCAUGGAUCGAAUUGAUGGUUCCUGCCAAUCAGAAGAUGAUCAGGGUUUGGGGUGGUGGCAUCUAUGAAGACGAUUCGUUUUACGACGCAUGCGACGAGCUGGGGAUAUUGGUGUGGCAAGAUUACAUGUUUGCUUGUGGAAAUUACCCUUGCUUUCCCGCGAUUCUCAAAUCUAUCGAGGCAGAGGUUAUUGCCAAUGUUCGCCGACUUCGACACCACCCUUGCCUGGCAAUAUUUGCCGGAAACAAUGAAGAUUAUCAGGUCCAAGAGAGUUUCAACUUGACAUAUGACUAUGAUGACAAGAACGAGGAGAACUGGCUCAAAUCUGACUUUCCCGCUCGAUACAUCUACGAGUCACUGUUACCUCGCCUUUCAAAAGCUGAGGCUCCUUGGAUCCCGUAUUGGCCCGGCUCCCCGUGGAGCCAUGGCAAGAAAAGCAUUGACCCGACCGUUGGAGACAUGCACCAGUGGAAUGUGUGGCAUGGGAAGCAGGAAAAAUACCAAAUCUUUGAUUCACUCGGUGGACGCUUCAACUCCGAGUUUGGCAUGGAGGCCUUUCCUCACAUUGCGACGAUCAGAAGUUUUGUAGAGAAGGACGAAGACCUCUACCCUCAGAGUCACGUCCUCGACUUUCACAACAAAGCCGAUGGACACGAACGACGGAUAGCAACAUAUCUGGUGGAGAACGUGAGGACUUGCACUGACUUGGAAGCUUACAUUCACUUGACUCAGCUCAUCCAAUGUGAAGCUCUGAUGUUUGGCUAUCGCGGAUGGCGGAAGCAAUGGGGUGAUGGACGACACUGUGGCGGAGCAUUGGUCUGGCAGCUCAAUGAUUGCUGGCCGACAACGAGCUGGUCGAUCGUUGACUACUACCUCAGAAGGAAACCUGCUUAUUACGCCAUGGCACGUGUCCUGGCUCCGGUGGCUAUAGGCAUCCGCCGUGCUCACUAUGACUGGAGUAUCACACAUGCUCGAGAACCCGAAACCCAGGCCUGGGAAUUGUGGGUGGUCAGUUCUCACCGAACAGAAAUCACUGCCGACGUGGAGGUUAGGUUUGUGUCAGUUCGAACAGGCAGGGAAAUCAAACCGAAGUUUGUAAAGCAAGCGAUCCGCAUCGGGUCCAACAGUACAACACAUGUCUCUGACGGCGAGAUCGACAAUGUGCACCAAGAGCCCCAUAUACUCGCCGCACGGAUAUGGGUUAAUGGGGAACUAGUGGGCCGCGAUACAGAUUGGCCGCAACCUCUGAAGUAUCUGCAGUUUCCAGAGCGCAAUGUCAAAGUCAACCAUGUUGGUGACGAGAUGCACAUUACAGCCGACAGGCCUGUCAAAUGUCUUGUCUUCGAAGAGCGGGAAGGUUGCCACCUCAGCGACAGCGCUAUCGACUUGGUUCCCAACGACAAGCAGAUUGUCAAAGUAAGAGGUCUCAGGGCUGGCGAUCCUCCAUUGAACUGGACAUAUUUGGGGGCGGGUGAGCAGGGCACACCUGCGUGCUAG